UACAUCUAGCACCUUCAGGGAUUGAAUACUUCCUAUUACUUUUGGGAUGGAUCCGAGUUUGUUCCUGCAGAGAAAAAGGCUUUGGAGAUUGGUGAGGUAUUUGAUGUCCUCGUGGAUCUCUGUUAGACUCGGACACUGGGCUACCUCCAGAUAAUUUAAGAGUUUGAGAGAAUAGACCGCUUUGGUAAGCCCUCCGCCUGCCGCGAUUCUCUCUUCCACUGACGCACCUUGUAAAACGAGCUCACGUCUUUUCUCUUUUAGAGCUUUCUCUAUUUCUGGCCAAUCUUCUAAAUCAUCCAUGCUGCUACACCAGACUUUGAGGAAGAACGUGUGACCGGUGUUGUCGGGGAAUAUCAGUUGCACAUGGUAUACGCAGGAAGACAGGGCGCAUUGCAGUGGAGGUUCUGCGCAUUCACUGUGCAAAUCUGACGUUCUACACACCAUUGUCUCGUAUGGAACACUCAAUAGACCACAAUGCUUUGCGUCCGAAUAACGGAACGCCUCUGGGCAUGCGCGUGUUGGGUUGUUGUCACUGGUGGUUAUGGAGAUCUAAUGGGGCUCUGGCGAGCUGUCAUCGCGUUAGUGAUGUGCCUGGUAGGUUAAUAAACGACUUAUUAACACCAAAAUUAAAAGAUGCCUGCAUACUUGGGUAACCCGUUUGAUGUAAACAUUUUAUUGUCAGUGCAAUUUUGUUGAUUUUUGUCUUAAACUGCAAGUAGCUCGUCGGCUCCGUAGCUAAUCCUUUCCUACACCGAAUCAAGGCGUGAGGCGUUAACUCUUCUCAUGCUUCACCAGGAAUAUCACGACAUUCAAAUUUUUUAAAAUACACUGUGUGGGAGUGUGUGAUGAUGACGGCUGGUUUAUUAGGCAGCCUCACCUGGCCGAGUCUGAUUAGAGUCUUGGGCUGGGUGAGGCUUCACACCUGUUGCACACUGAGCAAUCAGUGUGGCACAGAUUUAACCAGCCAUCUUCAAUCACACACCCAGGGAGUUCGCCUAGAUGGCACCCGACAUGUAUUAUUUCCAACAAACUUUUUACAAUAAAACUGAUUUUCAACACCCCUACCCUGCCUCCUUGUGUUUGGAGGAGCCCAAUAUAAUUCACCUAGGUGGCGUGAAGCAUGGACAUUUCUACACUGGCUUUUUUAAGUUCUUUUUUAUAGCUCUCAUGGCGUAAGACUCCAUAACAACGCCUUAAUGUUUAUUUCUGUUUGUGAAGAAGACAAGCAACAGAUUUAACUUCACAUUUAGCCUAUUUAAUUUUUGUUGGGAUUAUUAAUUUAUUUGAUGCCGAGUAAAUGCUUGAAGUACAUAGAAUAUAUAUUGUGGACUGAGAUUGUACUGGGAGACCAGCAAUUUCAGUUUGGGGCAUGCGUGUUGUCUGUAGUUUGAUUUUGGUUGGGAUCCUGGGUUGUGUUUGGUUGUCUUAAAGAACCAAACUUUAUUUAAUAUUUUUUUCAUAACACAUAUCCAGCCCGUCCAGCAUGUGACGGCGUUUACUAUUUUAGAUUUCAGGUCAGGAUCUUAAUACCUACCACUAGUAUACUGCAUUUCAAAAUUCUGGUGCAAGGAGCUACGUUUGCUUCGGUCUCGAGGUGUUUGAUAUCAAAAAUGAAAUAAAUAGAAGUUUGAAAUGUGACUUUAGAAGUCAUGACAAUGAAAACAAGACAAAAACAAAAAGCCAUUGUAGCACAUAGGUGGUGCUACACUCCACCUAGGUCUCUUCUAUUGGGCUACUCAAACAUAAGCUAGACUCUGUCGCUUGCUGUGCUGCCUCCACCGGUCUUCCGCUGGGCUCCACUGAGCUGUUGGGGCUGGUGCAGGGAGGAGACAGUCCAUCACCACUGCUGGUGACCCAGUGUAUCAUCGGAUAGCCCUUCUGUGUCCAUUGUGGUUUGCAGAGGCACCAGUGUAGCAUGUCCAUACUACACGCCACCUAGAGGGACUUUGUUUUAGGUUCCUCUACAAAGGACGCAGGGCGCAUGUUAGAAAUCCGUUUUUCAUGUACAAGGUUUGUUGGAAAUGAUACAUGGACUGUUGUUCAAUGUUGCCAUCUCAGAGAACAGAGUGUGUGAUUGAAGUUGGCUGGUUAAACCUGUCCACACUGAUUGCUCAAUUGGCAACAGGUGUGCAGCCUCACCAAACCCCAGAUUCCAGUCAGGCUUGGCCAGGUGAGGCAGCUUAAACCAGCCAUCAUCCACACACACACACACACUCCCACAGACUGGGUUUAUAACACUUAAAAAUAACAUAUAUAACAUUUGUAUUUGAACAAAAAACAAUCUAUGAUUUUAUAGAGGGAUUGUUUUUUGUAUAUAGAUUUGAUUAAAGUAUCCACGUGGGGGAUGCCGAGGAAGAUAGGUUUCGUUGUGCUCAGCUCUUCUGGUCACGAAGGCGACUUCAGGGCCGAGGAGCUGAUGGUCCACGCCCCCACCGUCCACGGCUGGCGCUCAGCAAGGUUCUGCUCCUACCCUCAGCAGAUCACCCUCCAGCUGUUGGAACGCAGCCGGGUGCGGAAGCUCCAGCUGCUGGCCCACCAGUACCUCAUCUCCGCCAAGGUGGAGUUCCACAUCGGGGACUCGCUCCCGGACCCGGCCCAGCACACGGGACCCCCCUGCCCGCUGCACAGGCUGGGGUACGUCUCUCUGUCGGACAACGAGAAGACGGGCUACAAGGCCCGCGAGCUCAAGUCCAUCCACGUGGACGCCAUCGGGACCUACCUGAGGGUGACCCUCCACCGUAACCACGCCAACCGCUACAACUACUACAGCCAGGUUGCUCUGGUUGCCAUUAAUGUUCUGGGAGACUCUUUGGAUGCCAAUGCUUUCAACACAAUUCCCAGCAGAGAGCAGCUUAUUGAGCACUACCUCCACAGCACCCAGCUGGACAGUGCCCUGGAUGGGACACACACAGGUAAGUGUGAGUCCAUCUCGCCACUCGACGACCUGGCGUUCGACAUGUACCAGGACCCCGAGGUGGCCCACAUCAUCCGCCUGCUGGACCAGAGGAAGCAGGACGCGGCCCGCCAGGAGAGAUUCGAGCUGGCCCGGGCCCUCAAGCAGGCCAUAGCGGACCUGCAGAAGGUGGGGGAGCGGCUGGGUCGCUAUGACGUGGAGAAGCGCAGCGCCUUGGAGAAGGAGGACUAUGAGCUGGCGCGGAAGAGGACGGAGCAGAUGGAGGAGUACCGGGGCAAGGUGUACCAUCAGCUCCAGGUCCACGACCUGCUAGACAUGGCCGCCAUGCAGACCCUGUUGUCGACAGAGCUGUCCCCAUCUCAGGGGUCUCCCUCGCAGCCGGCGCCCCCUAGAGGCCGGGAGGGGGACCAGCCGGACCACCACCCUGCAGCCCAACCCAGGGUCCCACUGAGUCCACCACCACCCGCCCGGCAGGGGGUCUCCAAGCCUCGCCGUCUGACUCAGUCCCCCAAGAAGGCGAAGAAGGCUCCCCCUCGCCGCGGAGGGUCGGAGCGGGCCACGCCCGGGCCCGACCCCAGGAGUGUCAGCCUGGCGUCCCAGGACCUGGACCAGGACCAGCCGGGGAGGGCGGGUUCAGGACCACACUCGGACGUGCCCAGAAUAGACGUCCCCAGCGUGCCUCACGAGGACAGACCCCUCCCUGCCCUGUGGCGCACCAGCGGACCGGCGGAAGUCCUGCCCCCCCGCCCGGCGGCGGAGAACUCCCCCGGGCCCUCCCACUCCCCCGGGUCCUCCCGCGCCAGCCCCACUCUCCCUGGGGGGACGUCCGAGGCAGAGCCCCUGUCUGAGCAGGCCCAGCGGGAGGCCGGCCUGCCCCUGGAGGUUUUCGGAGAGGGCCUGGUGGCUGGGGCGUACUCCAAGAACUGGGCCCACCGGGAGCGGGCGCUGGAGGCCGUCUGUGACAAGCUGCGGGGGGUAGGGCCCGGUACCUCCAAGGAAGAGCGCAGGAACCUGGUGAGGGCCGCCGUGUUCCUGGUCAAGAGAGCCCUCCUGGAUAAGCUGUCUCCCGUGUUCCAGGCGGCUCUGCGGCUGCUGGCCCUCCUCUUGGGCCAGGUGAUCCCGGCCUCCGGCCUGGGGCGGGCCGAGCUGACCCACUGCCUGGAGCAGACCUGGCCCAGCCUGCAGGCUCGCAGCUGGGACCCAGCCCGCCGCGUCCGGGCCACCGCCGUGGCCUUCAUACUGGACAUGGCCCAGUGGAAGGAGGUGCGGGCCCUGCAGGUGGUCCCCGCCGAGCUCAGCAGGCCCCUGAAGGCCAGUUCCCCCGCGCGGCGGGCCCUGGGCCGCACAGAGCUCCUGGAGAAGGCCCUGGCCCAGCUGGGCACGGAGCGCUCUGGCUUCGCCCCCGGCGACGUCAUGAAGUUCUGCCGCGCGGCGCUGGAGCACGGCGCGGCGGAGGUCCGGGAGGCGGCGGUGCGCGUGGUGCUCUCCGUGUACCGGACCCACCCGGCGCCCGUGCUGCAGGCCCUGCCCACCGGGGACGCCGCCGCCCGCCGCAGCGUCCUCUACAAGAGGCUCUUCGACGCCUUCGCCCGCCUGGACGGAGGGCCGCCCGGAGGGACCCCCCGGGGAGACGCCGGCCCGGAGGACGGGGAGAGGGAGAGGGAGCAGAUCCGCUCCCUUCAGGGGCAGCUGGCUGCGCUGAAGGAGCUGACGGAGAAGGACUCUGCUGAGGGGCCAGCGCUUGACGUGAAGGCCCCCAGCGGUCCAAAGGAGGCCCCCAGCGGUCCAAAGGAGGCCCCCAGCGAUCCCAGGGAGGCCCCGCAGGCCGGUCCCCCAACAGAGGCUGAUAAGGUGUCCCAAAAGAAGCUAUUAGCAGUUGAGCAGGCUGGUGUGGGAGACCUGGACAACCUUUGCAUCUUCUGUGGUAAGAGGGACGAGGCGUUCACGGAGGACCAGCUGGAUCUGCACUACUGGAAGCACUGUCCCAUGCUGCGGCGCUGUGAGGAGUGCAGACAGGUGGUGGAGAUUGCCAGCCUGACGGAGCAUCUGCUGGGGGAGUGUGAGGGCAGGGCCCGCUUCAGCCAGUGUCCCCGCUGCUCCGAGGCCCUGCCCACCCAGGAGCUGGCCCGGCACGCCCAGGGGCCCGCCUGCAACCCUCCGGCCCCAGGCAAAGGCUCCAACCACUGCCCUCUGUGUCACAACAACUUCAUCCCCGGGGAGAAGGCCUGGAAGGCUCACCUCAUGGGAAGAGAGGGCUGUAAACAGAACUCGCGGAGGGCUGUUGGAUCCCAGACGACGCAGCCAGUACAAGGUAAGGCUGUGGGAGGAGCCAGGCUGAGGCAGGCCUGGUCGGACGGGGCCAGAUCCAAGGCCGUGAAAAGGACCAGCCGGAUCCCGGCCCUGGAGCCCAGGGCCCCCAGAGCCCGGGCCAGCCAGCGGUGACCCCCACCCGGGGCCUCCACCCAGGGGAUGAGGAGGAGUAGGGGCCACACCUCACAGUCACUAUGUCACAUUAAUGAGUAACCAAACGCCAAGGUCAGGGGGCCGGACUGUUCUGAUUGGCUGCCCUCAGGUGAGGUUGGUAAAAUAAUUACUUGAAAUGUUGGUAGCUUUAUGUCCUUGAAAGAUAUUCACACAAUAUUUUAUGUAAAGUGACAUUUAGUUUGGAAGAUUCAAUCAUUGGAAGGGCCGGGCAUGGCUCCGGAACCAUAGAGCCCGGCUCUUAUGGGUUUAAGAGAAUCAGAGCGGAUGCACAUCAAGGAGAGGAUCUAGAUUGCUGGCGUGCUCUAACGGUAGAGACUGCUGCUUUUUACAAUAUCCUGCUUGAAGCUUUGGAACUGUUUACAUUUUUCUACUCAUGUCUCCCUCCCCCCCUCUCUCUCUCUCUCUCUCUCCCCCAUUCCCUCUUUCUCUGUCUCUCUUUCGCUUUCCCUUCCUCCCUUUGUCCUUUGCUCUCACCAAAGUUGUUCCUGCUCAACCUGCUUGUUGUUCUGUGUAUCUACUCAUGCCUCAGCACUUGAAUAAGAUAAUCAUGCUUUGAGAAGCACACUGUUUUUUAUACAGAUAUACUCUGUAGUGUAUGUGAUGUGAGUUAUGUGGUUUGGCCUUCAGCUAAUGACAAUCUACAGUAUGAGAUUCUAGCACUUGUUUCGCAUCCUUAUUUCUAGUACUUAAUCCUGAUCUAUAAUCCAUGUGAUGCAAAGUGUUGCUUUUCAUAUUUCACAACAAGUUACGGCAUCGAACAUUCUCAGGUCCGGGUUUCAGUCGUGAACAGCACACAGCAAAUCACAUAAAUCACGUUGGGCCAGAUGUUUUUUAAAGAAGAUCCUCACGUUUAUUUGUAAAGACCUUUUUUUACAAUUAGUCUCAAAGGGCCAUACAGUUCACACGUUACCCGGUCAGUAGAAUUAUCUUAUUUAGUUCUAGGUUGCCAUGUCUUGUAGUAGCAAAUGUUUUAUGUGAACACAUAUGGUCCUUUUUGGCAUUUGCAUGGACCGUCGUAUUGUUUGGAUAGAACACGUUGCACUUCAACAUGAAGAAAAAAUAUUUUUCUCUUUGUAUUUUGGGACCCAAAAACGGGUAAACUAAAGAUAGUAAUUGAAGAUAGUAAUUUUUGCAUCCGGUAAAAUUAGUCACCUGAGUUUUGCUUUGUAUUGAAAGUAGGAUAUUCUGUCUGCUUUGGAAUGCAUUGAAAUUGCAAACUAUAUAGCCAUUUGAAUUGCACUUCGAUCUUCCCUUUCUCAGUAUUUUGUGUGAAAUAUAUCUUUCACUGUUUCUGAUCUUCUAAUUAUUUUGUGUAAUAAAGUGAAAUUGCGAUACCAAAAUAAUACUUAUUAUGUAUGCCACCCUACUGUAAUUUCGAUUUUGAAACCAAUUGCUGUGAAUACCCUUCAGCAACAUUUAAACACAACCAUUCCAUGAAUUGGAAAUAAAUGCAAACACACUUUAAUUAUUAAACAUCUGCAACAGACCUUUUAAUCUACCGAAUUCCCCAAUGAAAAUGUGCUCAGCAAUUAAACAUGAAUUAGAGUCUAUUGAGUUGUGCAGUUCUAUGUACACACACAGAGGUACAGUUUGAUCUUUGGUUUUAAACUUGAAAAUUAACCUUCAACCCUUUAAAAAUGAACAUUAAUUAAACAAUGACUAACAAUGAACUUACUUAGACGUCAACCCUAUACCAUCAACAAUCAUCUUUAUUAAAUAAAACACGUGUAACGUAUUCCUCCCACACGGCUGCAUUGAUAAACUUGAGUCAUUUGCAACCUUUUCAUUGAGUAAAUCUAUUCUGUUUGGUCAUUUUUUCUUCCGAUCUUCUCGAGUGCGCUGAAUGAAUGAGCUGGUAUCCAUCAUGAGGCUAGGUGUACCCUGAGAUUGAACAACGAUGGCACGAUUGUACCUGUUCAGGCGUCAUGCAGUUAUUGGAUACCACGUCGUUAGAAUAAGAUUAGCCAUUUGCUGGACAUUUUCCUCCAUGGUCUAACCCCAAUACCAUGAGUGCAAUGUGUCCAGUGUUACCUUUUGUAGCAUAUGGGAGCCCAUAAGAGACUAAAAUGAGUGGUUGCGCAUGCCAGAAUGCGGACCAUAGGCCUACAUUGGCUGAGAGAAACAAUAAGUUAUGUUUGGUGUGUCACAUUAGAAACAAAUGUCGGUAUAAUAGUUGGCCUCCUUGAGACGACGGGGAAAGUAGGCAUAUGCCCCGUGCGUAAGGCGCACUGCCUCGCGUCACACAAACGUCCUCCUUGCGCAAAUCAGCUCUUCGUUUUGCAACACGGUCCACAUGUUGAGCAGCUCUUUUGGACUCAUUUUAUGCACCAUGAUAAGACCCUUGAAGAAACAGGGCUCGGUGUUCAUCCGACUGGACAGGCGCCUGGACUUGGUGAUGCCGAAGCUCUUGAAUCCCGGGUGUUUCUCUGGGGCCAGCUGGAGCUUCUCCAGGCACACGCCUAAAAACACGUCGUCGAUCGGGAACAUCUCCAGAUCCUCCGAGACCACAAAGAGUCGCCUGGCCAAUUGGCCAGACAUUAG